AUGUCGAAGCCGUGUGACGAUAGUGAGACCAGAACUGACUCAACGAAAUCUGACGACUUUGAUCAGACUUAUGAGCGAGGCUCAGUUAAGUUUUUACUCAAUGGAGGCACUGAUAGCUUUAUAAAAGGCUUCCAUCUCCCCUCCCGCCAUGACAAAGCCCAACCUCUUUCCUGGGCUGGGAGUGGCCAUAGCCAUAAUGUGGGAAACGUGAACCAAGCCAUGAGUACGCGGAAUGCUGCCAAUUUGCCAAAUAGCGAUCAUACCAGUCAUCCUGAGUCGGGUAUCGAGAGCCAGCCUGUGGAUGUCGCAUUUUACAAUGACGGUUUUCUUCAGUUUUUUAACCAAUGCAACAACAGUACUCGAUUUCAUCCGGACGAAACCUCCACUUCAUUCACUCAACCACCCGCGACUUCCAUUCAGGAUUUUACCCUAACAUCUUCAACCGACCCAUAUUUUGAGCCAGAAAGUCAUUACUCGACGAACUUGAUACAGUCGAUCCUGUCAAAAUCAUGGGAGUUGGGAUUUGAUGAUAUGACGUCAAUGGGGAUUGCGCAAGAGCUACGAUCCUUGUUAAUGACCCAAAGAAUCCAAAAAUUUAUCGCCCUCUACUUUGAUCACUGGCAAUGUAACUGUCCAAUGAUACAUCAGCCGACAUUCAAUCCCGAAACAACAGCAUCUCCGCUUCUUGCUGCCAUGGUCCUUAUGGGAGCUACGUACUCAGAGAAUGCGACCGAAAAACUUACUGCGAAAAAGAUGUUCGAUCUAAUAGAGGCUUACGUUUUCUCCACCGACGUAUAUUCCCAAGACUUUGAUAUUGCUCAAUCAUAUAAGACCACCCAAUGUCAAGUCGAUGUAAAGACGGACUGGAGGAGCUUUGAAAAUUUCCAAGCGGGAUAUUUGAUGUUUUUGGUACAAUACUGGGGAGGAACUAGGACUGCGAUGAAUCGAAUGGUAGAGGUUAGGUUGGGGGAAAUAGUUAAGGUUGCACGUCAAAUGCGAUUGACAAAAUGUAGACAUGGCCUCGAAGAGCAAAUGGAUGAGUGCCUUUGGCUCCAGAAAGAGUGUCGGAUAAGAACGAUGGCGCUGUUAUCAAUGAUCGACUGCGCAAUGCCAUUCUAUCAGAACUUUCCUUCGAGAUUGACGAACUGUGAACUUCAAUGCGACUUACCUUGUCAAAAAUCUCUAUUUGUGGCUAGACAUCCAUUCCUGGAGCCAAACUUCCAACUCAGCCGCGAGAUGACCGUGUACCAGGCUUUUCAAAAUCUGUUCGUGGAAAGUGGGCCUGUCCGGCCCUUUUUCGUUGACCACUGCACAAACAAAUUACACUUAGGGAUAAUGGACAUGUUCCAACUCAUCCACCGGGAACCAAAGCUAAUAUUCGCAGUAAUAUUCGCUCACAUCCAUCUGGUUAUAAACCUGUCGAUGCCGCGAUUUGGAAACGGAAACGCAAAUCAACAAGAGUUGACCACUGUUAGUGGCAUAAAGGUCGCUCUUGAACACUGGCGGUCGUUGUGGAUCUCCCUUCGCACAGAGCUUCAUGGCGAUGAGUGGGAAGGGGUGGGGUUCUUUAGAGGAGCCUACAAUUUCUGGCUCGUAUCUCAGUUGCUCAUUAGCAAGAGUGCUAGUGUGGAUAUUCUGAUGAAAAUGGAUAUCAAUUGCGAGGACAAGCUGAGCCAACUGAAGGCUCUAAUAGCGGACGACUUUGAUUAG